AUGUCGGAGACCAGCGGCCGCAACCCACAUCCUUACUCCCCCGCUGCCCAUAUUCCUCAACGCCCGCUUCCUGAUGGGAAUGGUGUGCAUCCGGCCUCCCACGAAUCUAUUGCUGCUUCCUACAAUCACCCCAACGAUCCAUCCCUCUCUCAGGCCCAUGGAUCGAUGGGUGGAGGGGUUAUUGGCGGCCACAACCCUGGUGAGCAGCAUUAUCACUAUUCGGAUGCCCCCUCCUCGACUCCUAGAACCGCUUAUCCGAAUGGUUCGCUUGCCCAGAAAUGGCCGCCAUAUUUCCAGGCGCAGUACUCAAGUCCUACAGGCGAUCAUGACCAACCGCGUCAUCUUCACGACGUCUCCCCUCUAAAUGCUCAAUUUCCUCCUCAACAGGCGCAGCACGCUCUGGAAUCACCGCGGCCCAUUGUCUCAAGACAGCACUCCACCUCUUCCCACGAUCCAAGCUUCGCCCAUCCCCACCAUAUGACGCAUCCACCCCCCUAUAGUAUGACACCUCCCUCCUAUACUCGUCCGCCACAUAAUCCUGUCGAGCCGAAUGCCGCCGCGCCAUCUCCACCGAAUCAGUAUCCGAGUUCCCCGCGAACUCCCCAAGUAAGUCAAUUACCCGCGACCAAUGGCUUACCAGCCCCUUUGGGCACAAGAAACCCUUCGUCCGCCAGGGUGGUUCCGUCGAUGCCCGCCCCUGUCAUGAACGGGCACCGCCAACAUCAUGAGCCACCGCUGAAUGAUCUCCGAAGGGAGUACCAUCAGCCCCAACAUUCCGGCAAUAUUCACCUUUCAUCUGACCGGGUAAUGUUUGCGGAGCCGGAUCACCACGAUUCAUCGGCUCGAUAUUCUCCGCUCGGCUCUUCCGUUGCCGCUAGAAGGCCUUCCGGUCUGGAUAUACGGCCUGAUUCGAGGGAUCGGGUAGCUAAUCCAUAUGGACCACUGACCCCGGUAAAUUCACAGAACCCCUUUUAUUCUUCGAGUUCACCGCUAUCUCCUGCGUCAAAGGUUGCGCCGGUGAGGGGUGAUGGUGGCGGUGUUGGCGCUGGUGGCCAUUUCCCACGCUAUCAGUUUCCACCCGGAGGCGACGGCUAUCGUUAUCCGGACAGCCAUAACUCCGGGAGGCACCAUUCGGAGGACCAUGGCUACCCUAUCACCCCAAGCCAGUUGGGGGCUCAGAAGUGCGGACUGCCAAUGGAGCCUCGAAGACAAUCCCCUCGUAGGAAUUCAAAUAUGUUGAAUGGUCAUUCACAUGGCCGAUUGAAUGGCCGUGAUUCGGUUACUGAUGAUACGGACGAUGAGGAGAUAAAGAUGGAAGCCAUGUCGCGAACGCCGAGUAUCGGCCCAACGGCUGCUCGGAAUGUUAUUCAGCGGGUGCGGAGGGAUAGCAUGGAUUCGGUUGGCAGCACGGAGAGCGCAAAGGAUGGAGGUAAGAAGAGGGGGGGUGCGGUUUUUACUGACAGCAACGGGAGGCAGCAUUACGAGGAGGAUGUAUUGCCGCUCGGGGUGGAAGGCGAGAUACCUCCGGGCUGGCAGAUGGGGACUGGAAAGAAGUGCCUGAGGAAGCUCUUGCCGGUCAUGAAGGAUGGGCUGCCUGUGUUCCCAGAAUGGGGACUCACUUCCGCUGGUAAGGCUAGGCAAAGGCUACCAAAGGCCUGCGCCAGCUGCAGGACAAAGAAGAUCAAGUGUGUGUAAGUUGUCAAUGUUUGCUAGAAUUCUGCGAGGAAGUUGCCUCUGACCUUGCCCUGGCUCUUCACUGACUGUUAUCUUUGGUAUCCUACAGUGAGAGUGAGCAGGACGAGACCAAGUGCCAGCACUGUGUGAAAAUGAAGAUCCCUUGCAGCCAAGACCAGUGAGUCCCUUGUAUUUCCGUUUUGAUCACCCUUCUCUUCGGGUUCAGUUAUUUGCUAAGGCAAUCAGAAGGGAGGAGGAACCAAGCCGGAAAAUUUCCAAGAAACUCUCUGGAGGAAAGAAGAAGAAGAAGGAAUCGGACCACGACAACAUCCCAGGAAGCUCUGCCUCGCCAGGAAUUAUUCCCCCAAAUGGUGUUGGGAGUGGUCCGAUGGCCUCUAGGAAGCGUAAGCCAUCGGAGGAUAGCCGAGGAGGUAGCAUUGUCCCCAAACGGGGGAAACCGUCGAGAGGAGGCUCGUUUCCUACUGAGCCACUAGGCCUUAAAACCUCCGGGUUGGAUCGUUUCGCGGAAAAUCCGGUGAUGCACCCAAGACACUCGCAGCCUCGACCGCAGACAACUCCGGUGCAGGGGGAACAGAAGCUGAUGUUUGCAACACCGGAUGCAGGUGUUGUUCCAUCGAAUGAUAUCGAGGAUGAUAGUAUUCCGCCUGAAAUGUCGCGACGACAUCAUGCCAAACAACUGUUGGAACAAUAUUCCGCGUAUGGCUCCCUGGGGGGGCGCGUUGGUGUUGGAACAGAAACUCCUCCCCACUCAUACGCCUCCGCUUCUCCCUCCACGUCGGUAUCAAACGCUGGACCCGAGACUGCCCCCUAUGGCACGGGUGUUGGUACUUAUGGGAACAAUAUGAAGGGAAUGAGCUCGACGCCAACGAUAGCGGAUACGCCACCCCUAUCAUCCAUACCACGAUCAAUGAGUGAGGAUCCGAGGCACAGUUUACUUCCUAACCGUGAGGUUAUGGACCACCUAGUUAAGAUCUAUUUCACAUAUGUGUAUUCUCAAACAUACGCGUUCCUGCAUAGGAAGACAUUUGAAGAAAACAUGGAUAAGCAUCUCCCUGUUCUGCUCUUUUCAUUGUGCGCUGUCUCGGCAAGAUUCUCGCCGUUAUACUCAAAGGAUGAGGAAACCUAUGCGGACCUGGCAAGGCGAGAGAUCUUGAAAAAUUAUGACAAUAACCACAUUGAGGUUGUUCAAAGUAUGAUCCAUAUGGGGUUGCACGAUUUCGGGACCAAUAACGGGCAUAAAGCUUGGAUGUUUGCUGGUAUGGCGGUUAGGAUGGGCGCUGCUCUGAACUUGAAUCUGGAGAAUGGGAAAGCGAAGGGUGCUCAAACAACUAUAGCUAGGGAGGUAGCCCGGAGGACCUAUUGGUCCUAUUAUUUGAUGGAUGUUAGUUGUCUUGGCCCCCCCGGGCUUGCUCCUCUAUCAUACUGAUAAGCGUGAAAUAUAGCGAUUGAAUAGCUAUGGAGUAGCCCGGCCUUUCCUCACCCAGGAUCACGACUGCCACGUUCAGCUUCCCUGCAACCAACCGUCAUUCAAUGAGGGUAAGUCUGUUAUCACUGAACAUCUCCUCGGACCGAACCCCAUUCACCCCGGAUCCGGAACCGCUUAUAUGGGAGCGAUGGCAUUUCUUGUCCGAGCUGUUGGAAUAUGGGGCAAUAUCCUGAAACAGAUCCAUAUGUCCGCAUUUGGGCUCAAUCGGGACAGGGAUGCCGAAUUCCGGCAGCUGAUUGAGAGUUUGGAGACCUGGAGGAAAAAAUUACCAACUGGCCUUCAGUAUUCGAAUGAGAAUCUAGCUGGGCAGAUUGAGGUGGGCACUGCCGGAGCCUUUGUCAUGAUGCACGUCAUGUGGCACACUGCCAUGGCAUAUGUGCAUAGGUAUGUCCGGUCGAUGGGAGAUGUUGCAGAUCAAGCCGGUGAGGUCGGCCCGGACAAUCAGGUUAUACAGAGCAUCCGAAAGACGUUUGUUCACGCAGAUGCUGUGUUACUUAUCAUGUCGCAUGUCCACGAACGGAAGCUGGAGACGCAAUUGAAGGAUCGAAGUCUGGUUGUCAAUGCCCCUUUCUUGGGGCAAGCCAUAUCGGAUGCCUGCGAGAUCUCUAUGAUAAGAGCAAGGGAACUAAAGGGGGAACAUGGUGGGGCUGGGGCCCAAAAGCAGAGGGUAUUCACUGGGCUGGGUUGGUUGAAGGAAUUGAGGAGAUACUGGAAGCCGAUGGAGGGAAUUUACAAGAAGUUGCGGAAGUCUUGCAAGGUGUUGGAGGGAAAACUGUCUCAGCCGCCGUCAAACCGCUUAAGGAGUGACAUGAUUCCAUCCCCAGACUCAGGCACCGGGAGCCAGGAACUGAACAAUAUCUCGUCGUUUCCAAUGUUCCACUUCCCAGUUGACGCGGGAAUGUACGACCUGCAGCCUCACUCGGAUGCCAUCAACCAACCUUUGCAACCCAUUACCAGCCAACAAGCUUUACCCUUCCCUAGCUAUACUGUUCCUGAGCAUUAUUAUGAAGCCGCAUUCGCAGAUCAUAGUAUGAGCCUAUAUAAUAUCGCUCAGGAGGAAGGCGCUUUUCCUAAUUUAUAUCUCCCUCACACCGGUGUGGAUAUGGGGGCUAGUGUGGAUUCGAUGCCGACUACUCUUGCACCAUCCGGCGGCUAUGGCAUGGGCCUGACUGACCGCGGAAUGCUUGGUUCGUCUUCUGUGCCAUUGGUAGGUUUACAGGGGGGAUACGAGCACAUGGAUGUUGAGCCGGAUGCGGCUGUUGAAGACCACGACCGCGACCACGAGCUCGACAAUAGUGAGCCUGAGGACGAUGAUGAAGAUACCGAAGCCGAGGAAGAUGGAAAAGCGCGGGACACUGGGUCACCAGCAUCCAGUAAGAGAAAAGGUGCCCAGCCCCCGAGUAUUUCGACCCUGUAUUUUCAUCCCACAGCUGUACAGUGUGGACAAUUGUCGGAUGCCUCGGGUUCUGAGGGUUCUGAGGGUUCCGGUCCUGGAAGCCGCCGGCCUAGCGAGGUGGCACCAGUGAAGCCCGAAACCAAUCGCAUGGAUUUAUUACAUCUCCUAGGGGCUUCAGAUGAUGUGACCCAAGUGGUCAGUAGGGCGGUAGCAAAACAGACUGGCGCAGAUCUUGGCACAGGAAGGGCAGGAAUAAUCGUGCCAGAUGAUGGUACACUGACGGGGGAAAUUAAUGUGGAUAAUAGUAACGAGGGUCGCGGUUAAUUUAGGACAAUCAAUAGUUUUGGAGAAACAGGUUGGAGCUCCGGAGUUUUGAGUUUUUGUUUCAUCUCUUAUUUUUGUUUCGUCCCCCAUCCGGUAGGUGCGGGAUAAUUUAUCCAGCGUGGCGAUUUGGUGUGUUUCCUUUUUUAUUUUUAUUUUAAACUUCAUUUACUUUUUUAUUUCUGAAUGGCUAGCGUAUUGCAGGUCUUCUCUUCUCUCUUCAUACCAGGGGUUUGUCUGUUUUGUACUUUCGUCGCAAAAUCUCACGGUUGGGCAUGGUUAUCCGUAGUCGACGUUUCUGUCUUGGAGGGUCUUGCACUGGUACUGUUCAACCCUUUAUGGGUUUUGCAAAGGCCUUAUAGUUUCUUCCCAGGGAGGGGUUUAUUUAUUUUGCCCAUCCCCCCCCUGCCGACCCCUCCCACCUUGUCGAUAGAUACCAUUUUUCUUCCAUUAUUUCACGCUUAAUUGGGGUCUUGUUUGGAGUCGGUGGGGAAGGGGGAUACCCGGCAAAGGGGUGGAUGGGUGGAUGGGUGGAUGGGAGGGUGGGCGAGCGCGUGGAAGGGAUAGGGAUCAUAAAGAGCAUAUUUUCCAUUCUUGUGUGUCUUUUUAUCUGUUUUUUGUAUAUCUUUUUUUCUUUCCUUUCCUCCCGAUUUUCAUCUCCAUUUGUUCCACAUAUCUUGUUUGAUUUGUUUCGACCGGUUGGUCGAUUGAUUGAGCGAUUGGUUGGUUGAUUGAUUCAUAAAAAAAAAGUCCCGCGUCUUGCGGUAUAGGGUGGUUUAAAGGCUGAUUCUGAUUCCUUUUUUUUUUUCCUUCGUUAUUCAUGAGCAUGACAUGAUAAGUUACUUGUAGGAUACUACAGCUGUGUGGAUGAAUACAGAGUACGGUACAGUGCUAGCAGGAACUAUCUGUAUAAUAUAAUAUAAUAUUAUAUGCUGU